GUCGCGCGAUACAUCACAACAGCCGAAGUGCCAGGACUAAGUUUGGUUGGUUUGUUUUAAAAAUUUUAACACAAAUAUUAAUCACAAGAGAUGUUAUAGACGCAAGAGGUGUACUGGAAUGACGGCCAUAGACCUCAAAGAACAGGGAAAUCGUCUUUUUAGCGGCAGGCAUUACGAUGAUGCAGCGCAAUGUUACACAAAGGCUAUUGUAGGUUGAAAUCACGUUCAUUCACAUUCGGUUAAAUCGCCUUACAUCUAAGAAUUUGUGGUUUGUUUUCCUCGAAGUUUUGACUUAGAUUUAUCUAUUACAUUUGAAAGUUGGCGUUGGCCAUCCGGAGAAUAGUGAUGGCAGUUUAUAAAAUCAGUUGUCUCGCUUUUACUUGCUAGUUUCAUGAUCACACGAAUUUUAUAAUUUUGAACUGGAUCGUGCCCAUGGAAAGCUCGAGUUUGAUACCAGGAAAAAAAGAAAAAAAACUAGUGAUUUUCAUUUGCGGAUUUUUUUUUCGCCAUUGACAUAAUAGCAUAGUUAAUUUGUCUGUUAUUUUUUGAUUUUGGAGAGUAAAGGAUUAGGACGAUGCGAGGAUUUUUUAAAUCUGAAGAAAAUAUAAUUUAAUUUUAUGUAACCUCCCAAAAUUUCGGUGUCUACGAUACGUUGUGGCUUUCCGUUCCCCUGCUAAAAGCUUUUCAAAUGUAACACUUGUUCAUGUGGUGUGCCUUCUGAUAGAAAAGUUCUGAAAAGGUUUGUUUAAGACUGAGUCACUCAUCUAAAAACUAGGGCACAAUAUUUUACGCAGAAGUGUAAUCAGUUUCAUUUUCAGAUACAUUACACAGUUGAAAAAUAGUUUGCUUAAAUCAGAAGACGAUAAACUCUCUACAUUAUGAAAUAAGAUUUAAUCAUUGUUUCAUUUUUCUUCGAUGAAUACAGUAAAUGUCCAAAUAUGUGAUUAAACAGUAAUUUUUUUUUUAAUGAAAUUUUUGAAUACUUCUUUUUCUACUUGAUCUAUUAGCUCCAUCAGGAAAUUUCCACAAAUUCACCAUUAUUACAAUUUCUCUAUUUUAGAUCAAGAAUCCAACAGUUCCAACAUACUUCACAAAUCGGGCUUUGUGUCAUCUCAAACUUAAGAAGUGGUCUCAGGUCAUAAGUGACUGUCGUCGUGCCAUAGAACUUGAUGUGAACCUGGUCAAGGCACAUUUCUUCCUUGGGCAGGCACUCCUUGAACAGGAGAAUUAUGAUGAAGCACUUGCAAGUUUAAAAAGAGGUGGAAAAAAAAGAUUAUCUUAACCCUUAAAAAGUGAUAAGCAUCUAAUUUCUUCCCAUAGUAUCACCCUUGAAUCAAACAUUGUGUUAAUGAGAAUAAAGAAAAUGAUCACAAAUUCAAGAAGCCCUUGAUUUUUAGACAAAUUUUCCUUGUAAGGACCAUAUGAAAUGUAUAGAGAUUAGUAUUGAGAACUUGCAUGUUGAUGUUAGGGUGUGAAGGGUUAAAUUUUGAUUUUGAGUUUUUUCAAUUGGGCUGUUAGACAUUCAAACUUGGCAUAGAGUGUAAUUUGAAAUACAGCAAGAACUUCAAGCUUGCGGUAAAUCCCUUUCAUUCACUUUAAAAUUUACAGCUAACGGUAGCAUGGAAAUAUUAUGUGGGUUCCCCUCUGCUAUGAUCACCUGCAGAUAGCAAUCUGGUUGUAAAUGAGAAACAGACUUUAACACUCUGCAUUAGUUGCCUUUUUAGGGUGCCAUGAAAGCCCCAAUCUCUGCUCCAAUCAUAGAACAGCUCCUUUAGUCCUUAGGGACUUUCUGUAUGUCCAUUUAAUGUCAGUGAGCCUAACUAUUGUACAGGGUAGAUAUAAAUCAACUAUGAAGUUCUCUCAAGCAAAAAGGUGUUCACUAUCAUUGUUUGUUCUGUAACCAGCCUAUGAUUUAGCCAAAGAACAGAAACUUAACUUUGGAGAUGAUAUAGCAAGUACAGUCCGUCUGGCUAAAAAGAAGGUAUGAAGAAUUGACUACACUCAUUGUGUAUGAAAUGAUUAUCUGAUAAUGUAAGCUACCUGUAUGUAAGUGGAAAAUAUAAACUUUUGGCUUGAAAGAAAAUUUGGAAAAAAUCAGAAUGAGUAACCGAUGACAGAUGACAAGACAUUAGGCAUUGUUAGAUGUACUUGAACCUCUGGUUACUUCCACAAAGAACAACACAAUUUAAGUGUGCUAGUUGUCAGAUCUAAUUUUGUCUCAUUUUCAAUAUUGUUAUUCCAGAGAUUUAGUGUUGCAGAAGAAAGACGAAUUAGCCAGGAAAUAGAGCUGCAGUCAUAUUUGAAUAAUCUAAUCCUUGAUGAUAAGAAGAGGUAAACUUCUUUUUGUUGACUCUGACAUUACCCUUUUAACUUUGUCAGUCACCUGUAUCAGCUUUUGAGCUGGGUAACCUUUUGAACACUAAGAGUGACCAGCAUCUAAUUUCUCCCUACAAUAUCACCCCUGAAUCACACAGUAAGGUCAUGAGAAUAAAGGAAAUGAUCACCAACCAAAGAAGCUCUUGAUUGUUCAACAAUUCUCUUUGUCCGCUCCUUAAGAAAUGUAUGGAAAACAGUAUAUAGAAUUAUGUUAGGAUAUUAAGGGUUUAACCCUUUAACUCCCAAGAUCUGAUUGUUAAUUCUCCUCUCUAGCUGCUACACAUUUCCUUGUAUAUUAGUUACAAGAAUUAGGUGUUAGAUCAAGAUGACAACUUCUACCUGAUAAGUUUGAGUAUUCUCAUUACCUGUGUGCUGGAUAAUGUAUAGAUAUUAUUGGGAGAAGUUGCAUAUUGAUCACUGCUGAGAGUUAAAGGGUUAACAUUAUCAAUUAACCUUUUUCAGACAAAUUAAAGCUGCAGGAAAAGAUCCUGACAAAGAAGAACUUGAUAAAAUUGAAUUGGAAUGUGUGAGUAAAGUUUGUUUCUUUUUUCUUGUAUUGACAAAUGCAACAUGCUCACCUUUUCAUCAAUACACCCCAAAGUCAGUAGGUUGUUGCUUAAUUGUUGUUGCAUCUUUUUUCCAGGAUAAAAGACUAUCAGAAGUAAAUAGCCUUUUUAAAGAAGUUGAUGUCAGACGAAAGGUGAGAGCUCAUCUUCUUACCUUAGUUUGCUGAAUGUAUUAUGUAUAUCUUAACCCUUCAUCUCCCAUGAGUGACCAAGACAGAAUUUCUCCUUACAAUAUCUGUACAAUAUUAAAAAGAUAAGUGAUGAGAAUAAAGAAAAAUAUUAAUUUGAGUAUAAUUAGAUGAUCCAAUACUAAAUUCUCUGAACUAACAUUAUAAGAAUUGCAUGGUUGACAGUAAAGAGAAUAACAAAUUUGAUCUGGGAGUUAAAGGGUUAAGGAACAGUGUGAGUCACUGGUAGUCGUUACAACUCCAAUGGUGACGAUGAAGUUUGAAGUCUUGGAUUUUCCCAUCAGAGGUAGUUGGUACAGAUAUCAGAAUGUAAAGUUCAAAAUCCUAUUCACCUACUGUACCAGUAAAGCUUGAUGAAACAGAUAUAUUUUUAUAAUAAAAUCAGUGCUUCAUAUCAGUGAAUUAAUAGGUGUAAGUUCAAGACCAGAUCUGGUCAUUUUGAUGUGUUCUUGGGUGGGACACCUUGCUCUUGCAAUGCCUCUCUCCAACUAUAAAUGGGUGCUAGGGUGCUGUCAUUAAAGCCUUACACAUUUUUUGUAGGGGAGGGAAGGGGGUGGAAGGGUAACCUUGUGAUGGACUAGCAUCCCACCCAGGGAGACUAGCAAUUCUCCCGGUCACUCCUUGCUACAAAAUCAGGUUAGGCUCUUAGAGGAUGGGCAGUUUAAGCUCUCGUGAGGCUAUGGUUAUUACAGUUAUCAGAAUUUGAAUCAUGGGUUGAGAGACAGUAAAUCAAGAUUUGCCAUGACUUGUUCAAAUACAGUUUUCUGAAGUUAAUCCAUGAUUGUGUUUUAUUGGUUUUAUGCUCUGUUGCUUGUUUACUGUCACUUUAAUUUGUACUUUGAAAGCCAGAAACCCAACUUCUUCCUCUGAAAUGUUCUUCCUGGUUUCUUACAGAAAAGAGAGGUGCCAGACUUCUUGUGUGGACAAAUUAGUUUUGAACUCAUGAAGGAUCCAGUCAUUACACCAAGUGGAAUCACGUAUCUUUUUUAUAUAAUUAAUUAAUUUGCCAAUUGGAAAAAUCACUGGAAUUGUUUCCAGUGAAAACCUUCUGGGAAGACUUUGACUGAAAUUCAGAUGUGAAGGUUUUGCUUCUGUGCAAGGUGAAAACCCUGCCCUUGUUACCUUUGAAGUUUUGGCGUAACAUUUAAGAUUAGAACCCAGUUUAUCAUGGAGACUUGGAUAAAGUAUAUUCCAGAAACCUUAUGAUUUAUCUCUGAAUUAAUAUGUAGCAAAAGAAAUUACUUCUUAGAGCAGAUUAAGAUUCCUAGCAGAGAGAGAGAGUGUGGGGGAGGAGAGAGAGUGUGAGGGAGGAGAGAGAGUGUGAGGGAGGAGAGAGAGUGUGAGGGAGGAGAGAGAGUGUGAGGGAGGAGAGAGAGUGUGAGGGAGGAGAGAGAGUGUGAGGGAGGAGAGAGAGUGUGAGAGAGGAGAGAGAGUGUGAGGGAGGAGAGAGAGUGUGAGGGAGGAGGGAGAGUGUGAGGGAGGAGGGGAGAGAGAGAGAGGAGAGAGAGAGGAGGAGGGAGAGAGAGAGAGAGAGAGGAGAGAGAGAGGAGGAGGGAGGAGAGAGAGAGAGAGGAGAGAGAGUGUGAGGGAGGAGAGAGAGUGAGGGAGGAGAGAGAGUGUGAGGGAGGAGAGAGAGUGUGAGGGAGGAGAGAGAGUGUGAGGGAGGAGAGAGAGUGUGAGGGAGGAGAGAGAGUGUGAGGGAGGAGAGAGAGUGUGAGGGAGGAGAGAGAGUGUGAGGGAGGAGAGAGAGUGUGAGGGAGGAGAGAGAGUGUGAGGGAGGAGAGAGAGUGUGAGGGAGGAGAGAGAGUGUGAGGGAGGAGAGAGAGUGUGGGGGAGGAGAGAGAGUGUGGGGGAGGAGAGAGAGUGUGAGGGAGGAGAGAGAGUGUGGGGGAGGAGAGAGAGUGUGAGGAAGGGAAGGCUAUAAACCACACCCAGUCCAGUAGCACAUCCUUAUGCAAGCUGUAACCUGGCGUUUCUCUGCUGCGCCCAGAUGCCAGCUAAUUACUUCUGGACAAUGUUGGAAACUUUUAACUCUCGUAGAUAUGAUCGUAAACACAUUGAAGAACAUUUGCAGGUAUGUCAGUCUAAACUUCUCUUUAGAAAAAAAAACAGGUUUGCUUGGUUAUCAUUUCCUUUUUAAAUUGUGCUAGUCAAUCUGCGAAAAAAACGCGGUGACAUGAAAUAAUUGUGACGUUAUUCCUGAUAUUCCGGAACUUCUUUAUUCAGCGGGGUUUAUCUCGAUAUUUUCAAGAAACGCGACAUAUUCUACUGGCGUGAGAAUUUCGGGGAACUCUAGGUGCUGGUGCUAUUAUUUGAUUGGACACGUAUAUCGAAAGAUUAACGAGCUCUCUUACGAAGAUUUGCGAAAAUCGAGACUGGGGCUUCGACAUCGAAUAUUGUCAUUUUUUUCAUAAGAAUUAGUGCGCGUCGGUGUUCACCUGCGUACAUUGUUAUCAUCUUCAGUUCAGAUGUAUAUUUGUGGCCAUUUUUCCUUUUUUUCUUUCUUAGCGUGUUGGCCAUUUUGAUCCCGUGACAAGAACGGAUUUGAAACAAGAACAGUUGACUCCAAACCUCGUUAUGAAAGAGGUCAUAGAUGCGUUUAUCACAGAAAACGAAUGGGUAGUGGAAGAAUUCUAAUGCAGAAUUCAUUGAUCAAUGUAAAUAAUCAAGAAAUAUCUUCAACGUACAGUUAUUUUGAUAAUAAAUAGCGUUUAGCGGCAAAAGCUGAGGAGGGCGCUUAUAGUAAAUCUUAGAACUAUUUAUAAAGUCAUUAGUUGCCUUUGUAACUUUUUCCUUUUCUCAUAGAAUGAAUAAAUCAGGCGAAGCUUUGUCAUUUUUUUUCAUACUCUUUUAUUUCAUUAGCCUUCGAGAAAGCCCUCUUAGAUUGCACUGCAGGACGUGCGUUCUCCGCCUGCGGGAAGAUUUCAGACUGAGUUUGUACACUGAAUUUAUUCCUUUUGGUUCCCAGCUCUUCUAAGUUUUUAACUCCUAUUUGAGUUUUUAUAUAGUUUAUUUAAGGAUUGUUCUUCUCAAAGACCAAACAAAAAGAAAGGUGAAAGCGCUUGAACAUAGCGCAGUAUGAAGGGUUACUGAUAAGGAAUUUACAUUUUACCUGACGUGCACGAUCCUGUGUUUAGUACAAAAUUGUCUUACUUCGAUUUAGUAAUCGUUUUUGUAGCAUAUACUGAUUCAUAUCAAACCAUUUGGGAAAAAAUGCAACCAUAUGUUUCUCUGAUUGUAAAGAUUUCUUUUUGAUCAUAAAACAUACCACACACGUGCUUACAAACAGGUCUGGGAAGGCGUGUUAUGAAGAGACUUUCGACGCCAUUACUUUC